AUGCUUGUGUGUUCUUCUCAUCCAUGUUUUUCCAGCAUUACUGCUGGACAGCUGGGAGCCAGCCCUGUCAGAAGGAGAAGCAGCCAUCCCUCCCCUUCAGUUCUCCCUGUGUUUAGAUGUGUAAAUGUGCUGGAAAGGAACGUAGAGAAAUGCAGCAUCUGCACCAGCCCCAGUGAGCAGCACAUCACCUUCCAGCUGCUCUGCAGGCACGGUGUUGUAAAAACCUAUAACCUGACAUUUCAGGAGUGUGAUCCCUUGCAGGCUGUUUUUGCAAAGCACAUGUGUCCAAACAUUCUUAAAGUCCACUCCAGGCUGCUGGCUGAUGUGAUGAUCCACUUCCCAAGCAGUCAGGAAGAAAUAACCCUGUCAGUAACUCCAGUGAAAGUUUGUUUCAAGAGUUACACUGAGGAAGACACUGACUUUUCAAGGACAAUGCUUACUGAGAUACAGCUCAGUCCAGAGGAAUUUGACUACUUUCAAGUUGGAGUAGAUUCUGAAGUGACAUUUUGCCUUAAAGAACUGAGGGGGCUGCUGGCGUUUGCUGAAGCCAUGAGCGUCCCUGUGUCCGUCCACUUGGACAGGAGUGGGAGACCCAUUGCUUUCAGCAUUGAGGACCUGCUGCUGGAGGCCAGCUUUAUCCUGGCCACCCUGUGUGAGGCUGAGAAGGAGGCAGAGCCUGCCUGCUGCCCACGGCCCUGGGACAGUUCAAGGCCUGGCAUGGAUAAAUGUGACCAGACCUCCAUGGAUGGAGCCAGCAACGCAGGCACAGCCACUUCCAAAAAGCCACAGCAGAAGGGAAACACUCCGAGCACAGGCCCUGCAAAACCCCCGAGUGCUCUGGCAAAACAAGAGUUCCACUCCUUGUUCUUCGGAGCUGUCUCUUACAAGGAGAAGGCCAUUGGUGGCACCUUCCAGAGCCUGGUGACAGCCAGUGACACCGAGGAGGAGCUGGGUGCCUUGCAGAGCUCCCCAGUGCUGUAGUGCAGGGACAGUGGGGAGGGCCCGGGAGGGGAGGGCAGGGCAGGCCCAGCCUUUGUCACUGGUGCUGUGACCCAGCAGCACAGAACAUUCUGGAA